AUGGGAAAUACCCAUAGUGCUAGUAGUGGUAGUACAUUGAAAAAACAUAUUGAAACAGCAACAAAAACUGGUGUACUUCAAUAUGAUAAUAAAAAACUUAAAGAAAUAAGUCCUGGUCUUUGUCUGCCAAAUUUACGUACAUUAUCAUUAAACGAUAAUGAACUUCAAACAAUUCCUAUGGAAAUUAGUUUAAUGGUUAAUUUAAAAAAUUUAAGUCUUCGAAAUAAUCAAAUCGUUCAAUUACCUGAUUGUUUUGGUCAAUUGAAAAAACUCGAAAAUAUUCAAUUAGGUCAAAAUCAACUUCGUUCAUUACCAUCAUCAUUUACUAAUUUAAGUAGUUUAAGACAAUUAAUCUUAUCAAAUAAUCGUUUUACAACUAUACCUGAAUCAAUACUUAAAUUACAUAAUUUACAAUUACUUGAUCUAACAUCAAAUCAAAUAACACAAAUUCCAGAUCAUAUUCAAACACUUCAAGUUGAUGAAUUAAAUCUUAAUGAUAAUCGAAUAAUCAAAAUAUCGGAUCAACUUCGUUUUUGUCCUCGUUUAAAAACAUUACGUCUUGAUAGAAAUAAUCUCGAUUUGGAUACAAUUCCAGUUAGUUUAUUAACUGAUUCAAAUUUAUCAUUACUUUCAUAUGAUGGAAAUCGAUUUGAUGAAAAAGCUUUUCAAGGAAAAGAAGGAUAUGAUAAAUAUAUGCAACGUUUUACAGCAAGUCGACGAAAACUUGAAUAG